UUGGCUGUCUUGCAGGAAAACUUGAACUUGGCACUGAACUCUGCUUCUGCCAUUGGGUGUCACGUUGUGAAUAUUGGUGCAGAAGAUUUGCGGGCUGGGAAACCUCAUCUGGUUUUGGGACUGCUUUGGCAGAUCAUUAAGAUCGGUUUGUUUGCUGACAUUGAAUUAAGCAGGAAUGAAGCCUUGGCUGCUUUACUUCGAGACGGUGAGACCUUGGAGGAGCUUAUGAAAUUAUCUCCAGAAGAGCUUCUGCUUAGAUGGGCAAACUUUCAUUUGGAAAACUCAGGCUGGCAGAAAAUCAACAAUUUUAGUGCUGACAUCAAGGAUUCCAAAGCCUAUUUUCAUCUUCUCAAUCAAAUUGCACCAAAAGGACAAAAGGAAGGUGAACCACGGAUAGAUAUUAACAUGUCAGGUUUCAAUGAAACAGAUGAUUUGAAGAGAGCCGAGAGCAUGCUUCAACAAGCAGACAAAUUAGGUUGCAGACAGUUUGUUACCCCUGCUGAUGUCGUCAGUGGAAACCCCAAACUGAACUUAGCCUUUGUGGCUAACCUGUUUAAUAAAUACCCGGCACUAACUAAGCCAGAGAACCAGGAUAUUGACUGGACUCUAUUAGAAGGAGAAACUCGUGAAGAAAGAACCUUCCGUAACUGGAUGAACUCUCUUGGUGUUAAUCCCCAUGUAAACCAUCUCUAUGCUGACCUGCAAGACGCCCUGGUAAUCUUACAGUUAUACGAACGAAUUAAAGUUCCUGUUGACUGGAGUAAGGUGAAUAAACCUCCAUACCCGAAACUUGGAGCCAACAUGAAAAAGCUAGAAAACUGCAACUAUGCUGUUGAAUUAGGGAAGCAUCCUGCCAAAUUCUCCCUGGUUGGCAUUGGAGGGCAAGACCUGAAUGAUGGGAACCAAACCCUGACUUUAGCUCUAGUCUGGCAGCUGAUGAGAAGAUAUACCCUCAAUGUCCUGGAAGAUCUUGGAGACGGUCAGAAAGCUAAUGAUGACAUCAUUGUAAGCUGGGUGAACAGAACAUUGAGUGAAGCUGGAAAAUCAACUUCCAUUCAGAGUUUUAAGGACAAGACGAUCAGCUCCAGUUUGGCAGUUGUGGAUUUAAUUGAUGCCAUCCAGCCAGGCUGCAUAAACUAUGACCUUGUUAAGAGCGGCAAUCUAACGGAAGAUGACAAGCACAAUAAUGCCAAGUACGCAGUGUCAAUGGCUAGAAGAAUUGGAGCCAGGGUGUACGCUCUCCCGGAAGACCUUGUGGAAGUAAAGCCCAAGAUGGUCAUGACUGUGUUUGCAUGCUUGAUGGGCAGGGGAAUGAAGAGAGUGUAAAAUAACCAAUUUGAAUAAAAACAACCUUGCUCCCAAGUGCAUGAUUAGCAGGUCAGCAAUUUCCAGGUGAAGUGCUCAUGGCUUAAGGAACCAUUGGUUAUUUAAAGGACUUUUAACAAGACUAAGCUCAUCAUGGGAGCCCUCAGGGGAAAGAGUUUUAAUAACAACUCCUCUUUCCUGUAGUCAAGGUGGAUUUGUCAUGCCCACCUGAAAUGUGCUCAUAGCCAAAUCAUUUACUCGCUCCUCCUAGAUCGCUGCCCUUGACGUUUCCCAUUGCUGUACGUAUUUCUCUCUGUUUCUGUUUCCCUCUUAGAAUGUCCACCUCCUGGGACUUGCUUAGAUGAUUGGAUAUGAAUAUUAUUAGACAAUAAUUCUGCUUUUCAUCCAGUAUGCUAGUUCUUAUUCAAGAACUGUGGUCAGAGGGUAUUUGGAUAUGAGUAUCCUUCGCUUAUCUCUCUAGUACUGAAAAUUUACAGAAGUAACUGGCUGUGUAGAAUGUAAUAGAAGCUUUUCAUAUUCGUUUAUUCUUAAAAAUCAGUAUCUUUUUACAGUAUUCUUUCUACAUGAUCCUUUUUUGUACAUUUAAGAAUAUUUUGAUUACAUUAAAUAAGACUGCUGAUUUUGCUACUUUUUUAAGGGGUCUUCAAGUAAGUAAAAAACAUACAUUAUAGGUAGAAGAAAAAUGUACCUUGAAUUUCCAUCUUCCCUCUCACACCGAAGCUGUAAACAAUUGACAUAUUUUGUCUUAAAACACUUGGUUCAAUAUAUGCUUAUUUGUUUUAAAACCUGUAUCAUCAAACUCUCUCUUUAGAUUUAAAGUGCUGUUGAAUAUGACACUUUUGAGGAGAGAGUGGGCUCAGAAUUUAGGCAGGAUACGGUAGGCCAAGUAUGCUAAGUGUAUAAUAAAUUUUCUAAUUUUACACCUAAGACAAGGAGAUGUGGUCACUAAAAAAUAAACAUAUAUGUAGGACUUAAUGUACUCUUGCUUUGUCAAGCUGUUUGCUAUAGUUUUCAAGAUCACAAUGUUACUCUAACUCUGAAAAGUGAUGUAAUCUGGUAGCAAUGUAUUAGUUCAAAUAAAGGCAUUUACAUAAUAA